AUGGCGCGAGCUCGACUCCCUAACGACGAAAGGGACGCAGGUUACUGCCAGAUGUUCGUUGAGACUCUUCACGAGCAAGCCCUGACUUGGUUCUCCCAGUUGGAGGAGAACUCGAUCGGAUGUUUCCGCGACUUAUCAGCAGCUUUUCUCAAGACUUACAUUAUGUUCACCAAGCGCAGCGCCACUGCCUCUAGCUUGUGGAACCUCAACCAAACUAAAGACCAGAGUCUUCGCGACUACAUGGAGAAGUUCAAAGCCGUAGUCUCCAGGAUUGACAUUCCAGACGGUAUUGCCAUUGACGCCUUGCGAAACACUUUGUGGGUUCGUUCUAAAUUCCGGGAGGAUUUAUACCAAAAUCCAACUACGUCGCUUCAGGACGCUAUCGCGCGAUCCGACAACUUCAUCCGAAUGGAAGAAGAUACCAACGCCAUUCUCAGCAAGAUGAACGCACCCAAAGCGCCAGCGGCUAAAAACGCCAACACGCGACAAGAGCCGCGCCAGCACGCUCCAAACGACAAAAACGGCCGCAAAGACGGAUACAUGUAUGUCGUCAACGAGAAUAACGAACCGAUCUUUACUCUCGUGGUUCGCGGAGAGGGGUGGAACAAGUGGGUAAGAGAACUCGAAACAUCCGACAAACAAGUCGACACUGUUUGCACCACCCAACCUACGGCGGGAGCCGGAUCAGCAGCGGGGCCUUCCAGGACCAUCGAUCUCACCAAGCACUGCAAAUAUCACGACGUCAAGGGACACGAUACAACGGAAUGCAAAUCUCUCUACGCACAUUAUCUCUCUUCUCUCGCGAGCGGCGGGUUUAAGUUCGAGCCCUUGAAAACUAAACCAAAGAACGGUAAAAGCUGGAGCAAGAAUAAGGAAAGAAGAGCCCAACGCAAAGCCACAGGAAAAGGACAGCAAAACGAUGCUUCGCGACGAGAUGACGAGGAACAAGCCCCGAGGAUAACGGCGAGGGAGACUCCUCAGCCGACGAAGAGCACCCGGCUAACCGCAGACGCAUCGAGGUGA